AUGCAAUUGACUAUCAUCAUUAUCGGAGCUGGACUUGGGGGACUAUCAGCUGCGAUCUGCCUGGCGAGAAAAGGCCACAAAGUCACAAUACUAGAGCGAAAUGCAGGUCUGUCUGAAUAUGGUGCGGGCAUUCAGCUCAGUCCCAACGCGACGAGGCUACUGGAUUCCUGGGGACUGAGUGCCGAGUUCCGCAAGUACUGUAGCUUGCCAACAUGGUCGGUGGCCAGGAGAUUCAGCGACGGGGCGGAAAUCGGUCUCAACCCCCAGAAUCCGGAUGCUUCCCAGAUAUACGGGUACCCAUAUUGGCAGAUCUACCGACCGGAUUGUCAGCGACUUCUGGCCGACAGGGCUCGAAGUGCUGGUGCCACGAUUGAGUACAGCAGCGAGGUUUUGAAGGUUGACGCAGAGCAAGGCACGGUCUACCUUGCAAACGGCAGGGUAAUGGCUGCAGACGUUGUUGUUGGUGCAGACGGCAUCCGAUCGAAGACACGAGCAUUCAUCGCUGGCAACGAAAAUGCAGGGCCCGUCCCAUUGGGAGAGUAUAACUAUCGAGCCAUGAUCCCGGCCGAGGCGAUGAUGAGAGACGAAGAGACAGCCAAGCAAAUGGCCAGUACCAACACCCAGGCAUGGUUCGGACCAGGUCGAUUCAUCGUCGGGUAUCCCAUCUCGAACAAUAAGCUCUUCAAUCUCGCCAUGGUGGCGCCGAGAACGGACGACACGCCCGUGACAUCGUGGAACCAGCCCUGCGACGCUGCAGAGGUCCAAGCCAAAUUCGGCGAUUUCAGCCCCCUCGUGCGGAAGUUGACCAGCCUUGUGGAGAAAUGCGCAAAGUGGACGAUCGCCGAAAUCCCGGAGCUGAGCACCUGGUCCAGCCGGUCUGGCAGGACAGUGCUCCUCGGCGACGCGGCGCACGCCAUGUCUCCCCACGCCGCGCAAGGAGGGGCCAUGGCCAUGGAAGAUGCAGCAGUGCUCGGCGAAGUGCUUUCCCAACUGGAGACUUUGAUUGAUCUUCCUCGCUUGGCCGGCCUGUACGAACGUCUUCGGAAGCCUCGUGUUGCUCGUGUUGCGGCAAUAGCUAAGAGAAACGGCGAGUCCUGGAUGUUGCCAGAUGGAGCCGAGCAGAUGGAUCGCGACAGUCGAUUCAGGAAGGUCACGGAUGAAUACUUGCAUGACUUACGGGAGAUUGGCCGUGAAAAGAUGGCGCAAAGAGUUAAAGUCCCAGCGGACAUGGACGCGAAGUGGCCGCAUCCUGCCGUUCUGAUGUGGUUGUAUGGCUAUGAUGCAAGUAAGGCCGUCAAAUCUGUUGUCGAAGGUAGCAGAUAG